CUAAAAGAUAAGAAAAUCCGAAAAUAACAGAUAACAACCGUCACCUAACCAAACGGCUCCGACGGUGAAACACAUAACUCACAGAAACUGAACUGAGUCAUUCAACCACCGACACCGGCAGGUCACCGGAUGAAAACUUCCCAAACAACUAACUAACGGUCAGCAUUCACUACUCGCCCAUUAUCCAAUGGCAACGGCACUACGUGUCCCAAUCCUAAUCUCUAAUAAUAAAUGUGCUUGCGUGGCAUCAUCCUCACCCUUGCUCUUACCCCUUACAACUGCUUCAUUUCCAGAAUCUUCUACUGCUCUCUUUUCUAAACUCUCUCUAAAAACUUUUGCAAGAAGAAGAAGACUAGAAGCUGUCUCGGCAUCAAUGGCGGAUUCAAGCUCAAUCAGCACUGUCCUCGUCACCGGAGCAGGUGGCAGAACCGGCUCAAUAGUUUAUACCAAAUUAAAGGAGAGGUCUGGCCAGUAUGUUGCAAGAGGUUUGGUAAGAACUCAAGAAAGUAAGGAGAAAAUUGGUGGAGCGGAGGAUGUUUUCGUCGGGGAUAUUAGAGAAAGCGAAAGCAUUAUUCCUGCUAUUCAAGGAAUUGAUGCUCUCGUAAUCCUUACGAGUGCAGUGCCAAAGAUGAAACCCGGGUUUGAUCCAAGUAAAGGUGGUAGACCUGAAUUUUAUUUUGAAGACGGGGCAUAUCCAGAGCAAGUUGAUUGGAUUGGUCAGAAAAAUCAAAUAGAUGCUGCUAAGGCUGCCGGAGUAAAGCAAAUUGUACUGGUUGGCUCUAUGGGUGGAACAAAUCUCAAUCAUCCCUUAAACAGUUUGGGCAAUGGCAAUAUAUUGGUCUGGAAGAGAAAGGCAGAGCAGUAUUUGGCUGACUCGGGCAUUCCAUACACAAUUAUAAGGGCUGGAGGACUACAAGAUAAAGACGGAGGUGUGCGGGAAUUACUUGUUGGGAAGGACGAUGAGCUUCUUCAAACUGAUACUAAAACCAUUGCGAGGGCUGAUGUUGCAGAAGUCUGCCUGCAGGCAUUGCAAUUUGAGGAAGCUAAAUUUAAGGCACUUGACCUAGCCUCGAAACCGGAGGGAACUGGCACUCCGACCAAAGAUUUUAAGGCUCUCUUUUCCCAAGUCAGUUCACGAUUUUGAAGCUUGGUUCAUCAUUAGUAUUGGCAUUGGACCGUGAAAUCUUUGGUUUUCAGUAUUGUAAUAAGUUAUCUUGAUAAGGUGGAAGAACAUAACCUAUCUUUUUGUAUGGAAUCCAUACGUAUGAGAAGUGCCAAAAUGUCAUAAUUAUGGACAAGGAUUGAUAUAUAGAAAAAACAAUUAUUUUUGAUUC